UUGCUGCCAGCAGCCGCCGAAAGCUGCGCGUGCUUUUAAUUGUGGUUUUUUUUUAGGGGCGAGGGCUUGUGUCCCCGUUUGUUGUCGCGUGUGGCGUCGACAUCCUCCCUCCCUCGCUUUUUGAGGGCGUGGGGAAGUCUCUUAUCGAUCGAGGUAGCCGAGGCUGUGGCCAAAAGUACGGCCACGCACUUGAGCACUUGCAAGCUCCAAUCAACUGCGGUCCGUCGUCUGCGGGACGUUUGUCCGACAGGAGGAGAAUAACGAGGAGAUGAUGAUGGAGAGCGAUGGCGAGGAUGGCGAUGUCGGGCAGGACGUCGCAGGACUCCCACGCUACAGUGUCACCAUCGGCACGGCUUCACAGGACGGAGGCUCCACCAUCUACGUCAUCAAGUCGACUGCGCUGGAAAGUGGCAUUUCCCAGAGCGUGGACCGAGAGUACGAGGACUUUGAGUGGCUGCACCAGAGUCUGCAUGAGCAGGAAGGAAUAGCAGGCCUGGCCGGGGUCGUGUUCCCUCCGCUGCCGCCCGAAGCUGGCACCCCCAUCACCAGCGCAGAGGCCAAGAUGAAAAAGCAACUUGGAGAGCUGUUCACGGCAGACGAGAAGAAGAGAGAAUGCAAGGCUUUGGAGAACUACGUCCUUGCUGUGCUGUCUCAUCCCAUCUUGGGCCACAACCCUGCCCUGCGCAGCUUCCUGAUACAGAGAGAUUUAACGCCAAGGACAAAAACCAGGAAAGGCAUUUUCAGCAAAUUCUCGCUGGCAAUGGAAGAAAUGAGAAAGGAGAACCAUAAGGACAACGACCCCAUAUUUCAACAGGAGAGGCAAGUCAACACGACCCUCAUCAAUGAAUCCAAAGCUGCGUUGGAGAAACUGCUGGAGUUGGCAGUUGCCGAGCAAAGGCUUGCACUGGCCUGUGGUCAUUUGUCUACCACGUUGCUGUCCACGAUAUCCGAGAACGACAGCUACAAUGAGAAGCUCUUCUGCAGGACACUCGUAAAGUUGUCGGACACGAUGCACAUUGCAAAGGGUGGGAUGGAGGAUCUGGUGACGAGUGACCUCUGGACUCUGGGGCUCCACCUGGAGCACUACGUGCACCACCAGGAGGCCGAGAAGGAGAUGCUGUUCAGGAGGACAUGCCGGCUCAUUGACGUUGAGAACGCUUCACGUGCGCUCGACAAGGCCAAGCCAGCCAAGAAGCCAGCCGCAGAGGAGGUGAAAAAAGAGGCUGAAAAAGCACUCGAGGAGAUAACGGCUACAGCCAGGAGCGAGAUCGACGCGUACCGGAGCCACAGAGGAGCGGCUGGCCUAGAUGCGCUCUCGAGUUUUGCGAAGGCACAGGGAAAGGUGGCCAAAGACGUCCUGGGAACCUUCCAGGAAGAGCUGGAUCGGUUCAGGAAACUCUGAGAACCCCCGCUUCAAGAAGCUCUCGCUGGGCAAUCAUCGGACAAUCCGUCAUUAACUUCGCUAUUCAGAAGCACCAAAGAAGAUAUAAAAACACGCAUAUAUAUUUUUUAAAUCCACUUCUCAAUUGGCGGUGCAGUCAUUAAGUUUCCAACAAUUGCAAAUGCAGGCCUGAUUGAUUAAGGCCCAUCAAAGUGUUUCAUCAGUGAGAACUAUUGUUCACGCGUUUUUGCCGACACACGGAUUAAUUAUGCCGUAUUUAUGCAGCCAAUAAUGAGGGUGUCUUCGUGUUUCGCAAAUUUCACGCAAUUAUACCUUCUCUCACUUCAUAAUUUCUGAAUAAUGUAUUUUGGUCUUUCUGAAGUGACCUUCACAAAGUCAAUGUUUAAUGCGCUUGUACAACAUUUUUUUAUGGGAAUCGAAGCAGGUUUUAAACAAUGGAGUUUUACCACAGAGUUUUAGUUUUUUCCCCACCAUGGAGUUAGGUAUCAUAUACACUACAAUUAAAGAGUCCUCAAAUCUGUAUAUUGAACAAGUGGAAAUGCAUUUUUUGUUCCAUAAUCAUUGGCCAUAAAUCAAUAUUGUUUCCAGCCCUGAGCCAGUAGUGGAAAUAAAAAAAAUACAACUACGUACUAUUGUCUUCCUACAAAGUGGUACCUAUUUUAGAGAGACCCAGAGCGAUGAAUGGCUGUGCCUUUCCCUAAUUGCGGUUUGAAUCCACACUUCCAACUUAUAAGCCAUCCACUAUAAUCGCAGGACCACCUGGCCGAAUCACAAAGUGCAUUAUAGUAAGCCACAAUCUACAAGUUACUCUUAAGUAUACAUUUUUUUUAAGUUAAUAUUAAAGUUUGAAAAUUUCUUAUUGUGUAUUCAUUUCAAUAUGAAAAUGUAAAAAAAUGUAUGUAAGAAAAAUGUGUUAACUCUCAAAUUCUAUCUCUGAGCUUGAAUGCCUGGGAGUUGUCAUUCCACUCUUCGAGCUCCAUGCACAAUUGCAUUAAGCGAUCUCAUAAUCCAUAACACAUUGCAAAAUCGGCGCGGUGUGUUUACUCUCGAGAUCCUGCCCUGGUGUAGGAGUUAAUACACUCGACUUGCAAUCCAGAAUUCACCAGUUCAACUUCCUGACAUGGCAGUCAAAACAAUGGGCCAGUUGUUUAUGAAAUUCCAACCAACCACCCACCCACCACGGUUCUGUCCACCCAGCAAUGUAAGUAAUAUUAAAAAACACUUUUUUUAUACACGUUUUAAUGAAAUGUAC